GAAGCCGAGACUUCGUCCGCGCAACUUCUCUUCCUCUUUGUCCGUCGCAUGGUCUCCCCGUUCGAACGUUUUCGAGUCCGUCGAUCUAUCGUACAUCGAAUCAUUUCUUUGUAUCGUUUCUGUUUGUUUUUAUUUCUUUUCCAUCGCUGACUCGAAUCGAGGGACAGAGAAACAAAGGCACCGCAGGCACUCGUUUGUUUGUUUGUUUGUUCGUCGGCCGGGCUGCUCGCGCGAAGUACUAGGCGAUCGUUGGUUUGUGCUGUUUCGCGCGUUGAUAUCUGCUGAACAGGCGAGCAAGACAGUUGAAGAACACACUGGGAAACCGAGGGGAGGUCUCUACGGCGAAGAGGGAGAAGCGGUUCAUGUAGAACACUGGAAACAUGACGAGAGCGCGCCGAUACCGAUUUCUACCUCUUCUGGUGAACAUCCUGCUUGGCGUGUGUCGCGGCAUACAGCAGUUCGAGGAGACGCCGCAGUACACCGAGGUGAAUCCCGGGCAGGACGCUAAGCUGAUCUGCCGGGUGCUCGGCAAGAGGGGCCAAUGCAUCUGGCAGAAAGAUCAAAAGCCGAUCGGCAUGCACUUGAAGAAGUACGAAUGGGUGGGCUCGCCGGACAUCGGCGACUGCUCGCUGUGGGUCAGGUCCGCCACCCUGGAGUUCGACGACGGCUUGUGGCAGUGCCAGGUCACAGCCAGUGACUUCACCACGCAGGAUGCGUUGACGUCCGAGCCGGGGAGGCUGGUCGUCAGAGUCAGCCCUCAGCGACCGCAGAUAGAGUACGCGGAUCGUCUGAUUCUGCCCGGCAACAACGUGACAGCUCGAGCAGGUGAGACCGCCACGCUCACUUGCAGAGCGCGGUAUGGGAAUCCUUCGCCUCUAAUUAAAUGGUACGUGGGCGAGACCGAAGUGAGGAACCCGAGGCCUCAGGUAAACUCGACGGAGAUAGAUAAUCCCCGCACUUGGGCCACCUACAGCGUCUGCGAGAUUAUGGCGGAGCGGUCGCGUUACGGCCAGCCGAUUAGGUGCGUCGCCAUUCAUCCGGCGUACGCCAACCCGACCAUGUCCUCCAGCACGGAAGUGAGGUUCGACGUCAGAUACGCGCCGGAGACGAGACUGGUCGUCGUGCCGACCGGCCAGCUGGAAGAAGGCCGCGAUCAGCUGGAGAUCCGGUGCCUGGCCGACGCGAAUCCGCCGGCCUCGAUCCUCUGGAGGAGAACGAAGAGCCCCGGCGUGACGGAGGUGGCCGGCAUAGGGGAGACGCUCCUCUUCUCGCCGAUCUACAGGAAUCACACGGCGAUCUAUAUCUGCGAGGCGGCGAACACCGAGGGCGAGAGCAGCCCCGUGUCCGUCCCGGUCUCCGUCAACUAUCCGCCGAAAAUCAGCUCGGUCGGGCCCGAACGGCUGACCACGGCGCUGCUCUUUUCCGGCGCCUCGUUCGAGUGCAACGCUGAUGCCAUGCCGCCGGCGGACUACAGAUGGGAGCAGAUCUUCAGCGACGGCCGGAUGCCGGCGGAAUGCGGUAGCGGGCAGCGGUUGAUCCUGACGAACGUGACGUACGAGCAGCAGGGCCAAUACAUAUGCGUCGCCUCGAACAAGAUCAACGGGCAGGUCCGGGAGGAUAAAAGCGUGCCGGUGUCCCUGCAGGUGGUGGGCGCGCCGAGGGUGGUGAAGCCGGCCAUUACGGAGAAGUUCGUGGUGGUGACGACCGAGGGUAGCCCGGCGAAAUUAGAGGUCCGCCUGUGCUCCGACCCGAAGCCCCAGCUCGUGGCCUGGGAAUGGGGCAGCGGCCGAAUAUUCGCAGGCGAGGUGCUCGAGUCCAGGUAUCGGGCGUUGGAUCUGGAGCCAUUAGCGGUGGAGGACUGCUACACGGCCGUCCUGGAGCUGACCAGCACGGUCAAGGAGGAUCAGCGACUGUACCAUGUAAUCGUGGAGAACGAGCGCGGCAGCGAUCGGCGCUCGCUGAUGCUGAGAGUCGACGAACCGGGUCAGAUCCCGCUCGUUAUCGGCGCCGUCGCCGGGUUCACGGUGCUCUCCGUCCUGAUAAUGGGAUUCGUUUGCUUCCUACGCUCGGACAGAUGCUGCGUCGCCAGGAACACGGUGCCCGCUCUCCAGCAAGUGCAUUGCACGAAGGCCUCGAACACGAUGAUCGAGGAUCCUCGGUUGGCCGUGGACACGAUGGAACGCGGCGGCCAGCAGUACGCCUCGGAGAAACGACCCAAUCACGUUCUGAAGCCCGUUCCGUCGCAGCAGUACCAACAGGAGUGCUAUCAGCACGAUCCCCCGCACCAGCAGCAACACUAUCACAGGCAUCAUCACCACCAUGGCCAACACCACGGACCACAGUACACGCUUCAGGGGGAGCAGCUGUUUCUCAAACCAGAUCGUUUAGCGACACUGAAGCCCCACUGCAAGAUCGAGAAGCCGCCACAGUACACGACGUUCAAGCCGAGCUCGAACAACUGAAGAUUUUGCUAUUGUCUAUUUUCUAUCGAUAUACACACGCAACACACGCACACGCCGCGCCG